UGGCUGAGCAGCACUGAGUCGGGAGCCCUGAUUGGCUGAGGGGCCUGAGGCCACAGAUUCCGGAAAGGGGAAGAGCAGCCAACAUGGCGGCGGAACGCGGCGCGGGCCAGCAACAGUCGCAGGAGAUGAUGGAGGUUGACAGGCGAGUCGAAUCUGAAGAGUCUGGCGAUGAAGAGGGGAAGAAGCAGAGCGGCGGUAUAGUGGCAGACCUCAGCGAGCACAGCCUGAAGGACGGAGAGGAGCAGGGGGAGGAAGACCCAGAAGGUACCAGGCCGAAAGGACAAGAGCUGCCCGUGGAUAUGGAAACCAUUAACCUGGACAGAGAUGCAGAGGACGUUGAUCUGAACCACUACCGCAUUGGGAAAAUCGAGGGAUUUGAGGUGCUGAAGAAAGUAAAGAGUCUCUGCCUCCGUCAAAAUUUAAUUAAAUGCAUUGAAAAUCUGGAGGAGUUACAGAGCCUUCGAGAGCUGGACCUUUAUGACAACCAAAUCAAGAAGAUUGAGAAUCUGGAGGCGCUAACACAGUUGGAGAUUCUAGAUAUUUCUUUUAAUCUGCUGAGGAACAUUGAAGGAGUCGACAAGCUGACACGACUGAAGAAGCUCUUCCUGGUUAACAACAAAAUCAGUAAAAUCGAGAACAUAAGCAGCUUACACCAGCUGCAGAUGCUGGAGCUGGGGUCCAACCGCAUCCGGGCAAUUGAAAAUAUUGACACGUUAACCAGUUUGGAGAGUUUGUUUUUGGGGAAGAACAAGAUCACUAAACUUCAGAACCUGGACGCACUGACCAACCUGACGGUCCUCAGUAUGCAGAGCAACCGGCUGACCAAGAUGGAAGGUCUGCAGAGCCUGGUGAACCUUCGAGAGCUGUACCUGAGCCACAAUGGCAUCGAGGUCAUCGAGGGCCUGGAGAACAAUAACAAACUCACGAUGUUGGACAUUGCAUCAAACAGAAUCAAAAAGAUUGAAAACGUCAGCCAUCUGACAGAGCUGCAGGAAUUCUGGCCGUGCUGCUGACCCUGCUUACGUCAUCUUAAAAACUCCUCCAAGUUUCCCGACAACACAGGUGGCCUGCUGUGAAAACGACCUUUGCCCCUUACCGAUAGCGCUGGGUCUUGGGUCGUGUCAGGUUGUGGUGCCGGAGCAAAUCUGGGGAGACCAGAACCAGAAGUAGAAAGGUGGGAAAACCUUCAGGAGGUUUGGGAAACCAGCUGAUACUGAAGCAGUGUUUCUGAAAUGUGUGAUUGCUUCUACAUGCCCUGCCAAGGGACAAGAGCAUGGGACAUGGGGUGCUGAGACCACAGGUAGAGGCCAGCUGGGCACCCUGGCCAUCGGGAAGGCAGGCAGGCAGGCUGGCACUUGCUGGAAGGUGGAUAGUGCCCUGCCCUGUAACACACAAAGCAGAUGAAGACAGUCAAAUGAGGCACAGCCUACAGUGCUUUGUGGUGUCCAGACUGCUUCCUCUUCUGAUCUGCUGAUCAUAGCAACCCUGCGAAGCGGGCGGUAUUGUGCCAUUUUACCACUGAGGAGUCGCAUUUCAGGAAGGGAGGUUGCGAACUGGGAGCUCUCAAACUCCGCUGUGCUCCUAUCACGUGUAGGGUUUGCUUAGCUAUGAGCUGGUGUCUGAGAGAGAAAUAGGAAGCCAGGCUUAAUAAAAUUUUAAUCACCCAAA